UUCCCCGCCACCGACUCAGCCACCUCCUCCCCCGGGAGCGGAAGUGGAGACCCUCCUCUGCGCUUUGCGGCAACGCGUGACCGUCACGUGGGGCGGGGCUUCGGAGGCGAGCGAAGGGAGGGACAAAGGCCAGGAGCGUAUAGAACGCCACUCACACUUGGAGAAGAGAUAACGGGACGGAGGUGCAAGCCAAUCGCAAUCAGGCCUGUGGAGGCAGAGACUGGGGUGGAGACUUCGGAGACUGCAGUUCCAGGUCUCCAACCUGCCAGAUUUCAGACUAGAACUUAUACCAUCAGCUGUCCUGGUUCUCAGGCCUUUGGAUUCAGACUGAAACUACAUCGUUGGUUGUUCUGAGUCUCCGACUUGCCAGCCACAAAUCUUGGGACCUCCAUAAUUUUUUCGAAGAACAGGUGGAAGUGGCUAUGGAUAAUUCAUAUGAUUUCAAUCAACAAGGCUCAUGUAAUGGAAUUCCAUCUGAGAAGAAAAACAACUUCCUCGUGUCAGAAGAUCAUGGACAGAAAAUCUUAAGUAUACUACAGAAUUUUCGAGAACAAAAUGUCUUUUAUGAUUUCAAAAUAAUCAUGAAAGAUGAAAUAAUCCCAUGUCAUCGUUGUGUGUUAGCAGCAUGCAGUGACUUUUUCAGGGCUAUGUUUGAAGUAAACAUGAAAGAAAGAGAUGGUGGAAGUGUUACCAUUACUAAUUUGUCCUCCAAAGCAGUAAAAGCAUUUCUUGAUUAUGCCUAUACUGGAAAAACAAAGAUAACAGAUGAUAAUGUGGAAAUGUUCUUCCAGUUGUCAUCAUUUCUUCAAGUUUCCUUCCUAUCCAAAGCUUGCAGUGACUUUUUAAUAAAAAGUAUUAAUCUUGUCAAUUGUUUACAGUUAUUAUCUAUAUCAGAUAGCUAUGGCUCUGCCCGUUUGUUUGAUCAUGCUUUAUACUUUGUACAGCAUCACUUUUCUUUAUUAUUUAAAUCCAGUGAUUUCUUAGAGAUGAAUUUUGGAGUACUGCAAAAAUGUCUGGAAUCAGAUGAAUUAAAUGUUCCUGAAGAAGAAACUGUACUGAAAGUUGUCCUUAGUUGGACUAAACAUAACUUAGAAUCAAGGCAAAAGCAUCUGCCUUAUUUGAUUAAAAAAGUAAGAUUAUAUCAGUUAUCUGAGGAGACACUUCAAGGUUGUCUACUCAAUGAAGAGUGUUUACUCAAAAGCACAAACUGUUUUGACAUAAUCAUAGAUGCAAUUAAGUGUGUGCAAGGUUCUGGUGGACUUUUCCCUGAUGCUCGACCAUCCACAACUGAAAAAUACAUAUUUGUUCACAAAACUGAGGAAAAUGGAGAAGAUCAAUAUACAUUUUGCUAUAAUAUUAAAAGUGAUUCAUGGAAGAUACUGCCACAAUCACACCUGAUUGAUUUGCCAGGAUCUAGUCUGUCUAGUUAUGGGGAGAAAAUAUUCUUGACAGGCGGUUGCAAAGGGCCAUGUUGUAGAACAGUUCGGCUUCAUAUUGCAGAGUCAUAUCAUGAUGCCACUGAUCAAACCUGGUGCUACUGUCCGGUCAAAAAUGAUUUUUUCCUGGUAUCAACUAUGAAAACACCAAGAACCAUGCAUACAUCAGUUAUGGCUCUCAACAGAUUAUUUGUCAUAGGUGGAAAGACUAGAGGAUCCCAGGACAUUAGAAGUCUCUUGGAUGUUGAAUCUUACAACCCUCUUUCCAAAGAAUGGAUAUCUGUUAGCCCAUUACCCAGGGGCAUAUACUAUCCUGAAGCAAGUGCAUGCCAAAAUGUAAUUUAUGUUCUUGGAUCUGAGGUAGAGAUUACAGAUGCUUUUAACCCAUCACUUGAUUGCUUUUUUAAAUACAAUGCUACAACUGAUCAGUGGUCUGAACUAGUAGCAGAGUUUGGGCAGUUUUUUCAUGCAACACUAAUUAAAGCUGUCCCAGUAAACUGCACACUGUAUAUAUGUGACCUUUCCACUUAUAAGGUUUAUAGUUUUUGUCCAGAUACUUGUGUUUGGAAGGGUGAAGGGUCUUUUGAAUGUGCAGGCUUCAACGCAGGUGCAGUUGGAAUUGAAGAUAAAAUUUAUAUAUUAGGUGGUGAUUAUGCACCAGAUGAAAUCACAGAUGAAGUGCAGGUCUACCACAGCAGCAGGUCUGAGUGGGAAGAAGUUUCACCAAUGCCAAGAGCCUUAACUGAAUUUUACUGCCAGGUGAUUCAGUUUAAUAAAUACAGGGACCCAUGGUUUUCUAAUCAUUUCUAAAAAUAGUGUGUGAUUAGACAUUCUAAAACUAUUGCAGUUCUAGAAACCUGCAGUAAAUUUAUUAACCUUAAUUAUUGUUAAGACGGUCUUUACAGCUUAAUAACAUAAA